UGAUUGUCAAUAGUGCGUUUGUAAACGUUUAAGAAAGUGUAAAAUUUCGCGCGUGAAAAAUUGUACAAAACAUUACUAAUAUAAAUUAUUAUUAAUUUGUGUGUUUAAAUAAAAAUCUGUCAAUAUGUCGUAUAUGCUACCACAUUUACACAAUGGGUGGCAAGUAGAUCAGGCCAUCCUAUCUGAGGAAGAUCGCGUAGUAGUUAUUCGUUUUGGCCACGAUUGGGACCCCGCUUGCAUGAAAAUGGACGAAGUCAUGUACAGCAUAGCAGAGAAAGUGAAAAAUUUUGCUGUAAUUUACUUGGUCGACAUCACUGAGGUGCCCGACUUUAAUAAGAUGUAUGAAUUGUACGACCCGUGCACCGUUAUGUUUUUCUUCCGCAAUAAACAUAUCAUGAUUGAUUUGGGCACUGGUAAUAACAACAAAAUCAAUUGGCCACUUGAAGAUAAACAGGAAAUGAUCGAUAUUGUGGAGACAGUGUAUCGUGGUGCACGCAAAGGUCGUGGUCUAGUCGUAUCGCCAAAAGACUAUUCUACAAAAUAUAGAUAUUAAAUUUAUUAAUAUAAUUAAGCCGCCCAUCAUCGCAUUUAUACAACUCAUCUCAUCUAUCAACUAACUAGUUUUAUUUAAUUAAAAAAAUGUCAAAAAGGAAAAAAAACAGCAAUUUGUUUUCAUGAAAUUCUAUACAAGUGUGCGUGUGUAUCAAAUGUUUGCAUUGCCAGAUUUUUUGCAAGUUUACGUUCAUUAAUUUAAUUAUGUGUGCCUGCUGAGAGAAAUUGUGUCAAGUUUCAAAGCGACAGGCGCGUAAAUUAUCUUCCAACUCAGUGAAAUGUGCCAGCGGCGCUUUGGAAUCAUCGCUACAUGCCAACAAAGGCAACCGAAGUCAUAAUAUUGAUAUUUGAGUGUGCAUGUGUGUGUGUGUGUUUGCUCACAAAGCCGCGCAAGCAGUCAACCGAGCGUGUUCGCAACAAGUACGAAUGCACACAAAGCCACCUACAAUUACUCACCUAUGCACACACUCAUACAUACAUAUAUGAAUGUAUAUAGCCAGCUUUUGCCAACAGCCGCAUUCAUUGUGCAACAACUACAACAAUAUUACUGCCUUAAAAAUAAACUUUUACUUGACAGCGAAAGUUUACACAAAGCGAAAUCUCCGGUACUCAAUAGUGCGUAGUAUGACAUGACGUAUACGUAACUUCAACUAAGUACUGCAAAGUUGAAGUGUUUACAAUUUUAAUAUCUAAAAUUGCCAAAAUGUGAAAAGUUUAGCAUAAUUCAUGCACAUAAUUUAUUUUCAAUAUUCAAAGUGCUGAAAUCUUCGGUAGUCAAUAGUGCGCGGUAUGUCGUGGCGUAUACGUAACUUCAACUUAGUACGAAAAACAAGUUAAAGUGCUUACAAUUUGAAAAUGUUAUGACAUAUUUACCUAAAAGUGACAAAAAAGUGAAGUGAUUUACCAUAAUUCAUGCGCAUAAAUGAUUUUCAAAAUUAAAAGGCUCAUUUGAAAUCACAAGAAAAUCAAGCGUAACCAAUUUGCAUGCCGCAGAACUAAAGAAUAUUAUGACAUUAUACGAGCCAGUCAAGAUAAAGCUGCUUGUGUACAUAUAUAUAUAUAUAUAUGUAAAUAUAUAAAUGAGCCUACUAAAUGACGCCAUUGUUUCGUUCCGGACGCAGCAGCCAAGCGUUAUGA